AUGUUCGGUCAAGUGCGUACAAACCGGUCGACGGUCCUCAUGGCCGGCGCCGUGAUCUUCUUGGUCGCUUUUGUUAGCUUGGCCUACAACCAUCUCGACAAGUGGGAGCCUCCUGCUGAUGUCGCCACCGAUACCGAUACCCCCAUCAUUAGUGACAAGCACGACGAGCCCAAGAAGACCGAGCCUGAAGGAACGGAGUCUCACCACGACGCCAUGUCCAAGCCCGACCACCCUUCUUCCGCUUCUACCGAGCUGGGCGACUACUACUUUAACUACAUCAUGAAGUCUCGCGUCAAGCCUACCGAUAAGAAGUAUGCUCCCUUCGGUGCUUUCCCCAUGGAGCUGCCUGGUGAGGCCAAGUGGACCGACUUGGUCGGCGAGGAUCUCUGCAUUAUCGAUCUUGACAACCGACCUUUCGACGAGCCCGGUCAAAUCUUCUCCCCUAACCUGAUGAGCUGGGACCGCGCUGAUGAGACCCACGGUCUGUCUCUCGGUGUUCUGAACCACUGGCUUUAUGCCAAGAACCACGGUUACAAGUACUACUAUGUUGACAUCACCGAUCCCUUUGAGGACCGCCGCAACUCAUGGAAGAAGCCCCCGAUUCUGUCCAAGAUCCUCAAGAAGCACAAGGCCUGCAUUUUCCUUGACUCCGAUGCUGUUUUCCACCACCUCGACCUUCCCUUCGAGUGGCUCAUGAACUACUGGCAGCUUCACCCCGACACCAACUCUCUGGCCCUUGCCUACGAUCCUCACCACAAGAACAACAUGGAUAAGCACGACAAGGUCUACCUCAACACUGGUUUCAUCGUUCUCCAGAACAACGAGAAGACCUUCGAGAUUCUCCGCGAGUGGGAGGACUGCCCCAACGAGGGUGGAAAGCACCCCGACUGUGUCGAGUUCCGAAAGAACCGUCCCGGAAAGCCCACCGAUCAGGGUGGCUUCGGUACCUACAUCCGCUACGAUUUCCCCAAGGACAUCAAGGACCUGCCCUGCACUGAGGCCAACGGCUUCCCCGAGAGCAAGUCUGGCUGUGACGGCAAGUUCAUCAAGCAUCUCUGGACCGGAAAGAAGGACCACAUCAAGGUCGUCAUCGGUCAGCAGGUCCCUGGUGCCCUGCUGGAGAUGUUCCACAAGCAGUUCAUGGAGGAGAAGCCUAAGUUCUUCAUCUCCGAGCGCGACUUGAUGGCCCAGAAGGAUUAA